GACACAAUUGUACACAACACAUGUGGCCUCUUUGGCUUUUUCAACCACCAUCAUCAUCAACAGACGUCAAGUUGCAAAAACUAGAGGUUAUUAAAUUCACAUUUAAACUGGAUUAUAUAAACAAAUAAUUUAACUUAAAUAAAACAAUAUAAUUUUCUCAACAAGUUAAUACACACUUGAAGAAUAACAACAGAAUAUAAAUAAUAACUUGAAUUUGUUAAAAAAAAGCAAAUAAAUAAACGAAAAAUUUAUAAUAAUGUCAGCAACAAUAUCAAAAGUACCACGUGUAUCAAGUUUGUUAAAAUUAUCAUUGAUAAAAAUUUCAACAAUAAUAUGGCGUAAUCCAUUAUUAUUAGAAAGAUUAAAAAAAUAUUGGAUAUUAAAAAAAUGGAUGGAAAAAAAAACAUUUUAUGAUCAUAAAAUAAAAAUAAAACAAAAUUUAACAGUUAUAUUAGAUUCAUGGUUUUAUGAUAUUAAAUUACAUUCAUUUCCACAAUCAAUUAUUGGAAAAAUAACAGUUGUUACAAAAUCAAUUGAAAAAAAAAUAAUACGUUGUUGGGAUGAUAUUUGUAAUGAUGAAAAUGAAUUAUAUUUAAAAGAAUUACCAUGGAUUGUUAUUAAUGAUAAUAUUGAUGUAUUAAAAUUAUUACAAUCACAAUUUAAUGAUGAAAAUAAUUUUUAUCAAUCAGAAGCAAUAACAUGCUUGAUGAAUUUAUGGGAAGCAUCUGAAGAAAAAAUUAAUGAUUUAUUUAUACCAUUACAAAAUGAUAAAAAAUUAUUAAAAGAUAAUAGUAUUGAACCAAUUAUAAAUGACAUAAUUAAAAAAUUAAAUUUAUCUGAUGAUUUAAGUAGUAAUUUACAUGAUACUAUUAAUCAAAUUGGUAAAUCAUAUUAUAAUUUUUUUGAGCUUACAAUUAAUAGAAUUGAUACAUUAAAAGGUACUGAUUAUAUGACAACAAAUAUUUUAUUUGAUGAUGAAUUUUUAAAAAUAACAAAAUGGAAAAUAAUUGAUUUAUUAAAUACAAUUGAUAAUAAUAAUUCAAUUGAUAAAUUAAUUGAAAUAAAUACAAUUGAUACAAUAUUACCACAAUGUUAUUAUAAUAUUAAUUUACAACAAAUAACAGCUAUUAAAUUUACAAUUAAUUUAUGGCAAACAAAAAUAAUGAGAACAAAAAUUGAACAAUUAUUAAAUAUGAAAUUUGAUAAAGCAUUUAAAUUAAAAAUUAGCUAUUUAAAUAUAUGGACAAAUGAUAUAUUAAAAAAUAUUGAAAAUUUAAAUUUAUCUGAUUCAAUUAUAAGAAAAAUGCCACAAAUUAUUAAACAAAUUGGAUAUAAUUUAAUUGAUUGGUUAUUUGAAAUUUAUUGGUUGCUAAAUAAUGAUACAAAUAGAAAAAUAUAUCAAUCACCAUCAUUAUUUGAUUAUUAUGAUCAUGUUAAAUGGACAACAAUUGGUACAAUUGAUAAAGUUAAAUCAUUUGAUUCAUUAUAUAAUACAUUUAAAGAUAAUGAUAAUGCAAAUAUAUAUUUUAUGCUUGGUGAAGCAUGUAAAUAUUGUUUAGAAGAUAAUGUAAAACAUCUAGCUGAUAAAAUUAAAAAUAAAAAUGGUUUUUUACAUAUUGCUGAAUGGAUUAAUAAAUAUUGGUGUGAUUAUGUUAUAUCAUAUGUUGAAAAUACACCAAUACGUAAAAUUAAUUUUGUUGAUUAUCAAGAAUUUAUUGUUAAUGGUCUUGAUGUAUCAACAAAAUAUUUUGUUGAUAAAAUAUCAGAAAAUGAAUAUAAUAAAGCUGAUAAAAUAUUUGAUUUAUCACAUAUCACUGCUGAAGUUGAUCCAUACUCAAAAAUUAUUGUUAAUCAUUCAUGUGAAAAUUUACAAAUGAAAUCACGUUUUUUACGUCAAAAAGAAAUGUUUGAUAUUAUUGUUUUUUUAAUUCGUAAUAUGCCAAAAGAAUUGGCUGAAAAACAAUUACUAAUUCCGGAUAUUGAAUUUUACCAAGCUGUUAUUAAUGUAUGGCGAUGGAAAAAUUUAUUAGCUUUUUAAAAAAAAUAAUGUAAUAAACAAUAUGACUUUUUUUUUUUUUUCUUCUAUUAAUUGUUAAUUAAUGAAAAUAAAUUUACUACAUUUUUUCUUUAAAUAAAAAUAAUGUUUUAUAAAUUUUCUUUUUUUUUUUUUCUAUCUAAUAAUUUUAAAACAAUAAAAAUACAUGAAAAUAAUUAUUAAUAAACAGAUAAAUUAUAAUUUUUUUAAUAACAUGUAUAUAUAGUUUUACACAUUAUUUUUGUAAUUUUGUAUUGAUGAAUAAAAAUAAUCAAAAAUAAUUUUUUUUCAAAUAAAAUUUGUAAGCUGGAUG